CGUAAACAAUAUGGCGGAUAGUGGUCGUUGUCAUUCGUUUAUUUAAUGAAUUGCAUAGCUGACAUUGAGAAUAAAGAAGGCCUUAAUUGUUUUAAUUUGUAUAAAAGAACAACAGAUUUAGCCAUAAAAAGGCGGAUAUCUUUUCUUUUUUUUAGGCUUGCACCUACUUACACUUACAUGAACCAAACAACAUGACAUAAUAAUAAUAUACUUAAAAAUCAUAAUGAAUGGCAUGAAGUAGCUUAUUUUUAAAUUGACAUAUUUAUUUAUAUGAUCUGUUAAUGUUAUACAAUGACGUCUUUAACUAAUAAUGAUGACAAUUUUGCGAUUUCUGCUGAGAAAUAUCUGGGUAAGGUGAUUUGAAAUCUAUAAUUAUGACAUAAAUAACUGAAUAAGCAGAAUACAAUAUUUUUUCACUUGCCUUUUUUUGUAGUACAAACUAGGGGAGUGUGGUGAGUUGAGUCCCCUCGGUGUUGAAGGAUAAUAAAUGGUCACAGCACAAAAUCUAUUUGACCAAACUUAAUAAAGCUUCAAAUUUUUUAAUCAAUAUUAAAGAUGAACACUUAUACUUAUGUUUUUCAAAGAUGUCUAAACGAGGGAGAGUUGGACAUAGCAGUGAGUAAAGUGGACCCUCAUUGUUAUCAAAACAGAGGGAUUCAAGGGUAGUCUAUAUGAGAGAGUGGGGUUAAAUUUAAUUCACUGCAAUAAAGACAGUGUUUAAUCUGCUGAGCUUUUAUUAACCAGAUGUUGGUGAUUGAAAUUCAAACGUCAGAGAGUAUUUUCUCCCUCUAUGUAGACCUUUCUGUAAACGUAAACAAACUGUCCCAGUCAAGAGAGGUGGAGAAUGAGUGGAGCGAUGUUGCACCAAGUCAGUUUGUGACAACAUAGAAAUAACAAUCAGGGAGAUGAUUCUACAAUAAAACUCCACUUUGAACCAAAGUCCAAACCUAGGGCUGGGGUUUAACAGGAGUCCUUAAGAUCUCCAUAAACUAUGUGAAAGGAUGUUGAGUUAGUUGCUACUUUCAGGCAAUCUUUUAUAGCACAUUGUAACUUUGUCUUUUACUGUUAUGUUGUUAUUGCCAUAGACCAGUGCCAUUAACAUUAUGUUGUUUUUGCCAUAGACCAGUGCCAACAAGAAGUUUUUCUAAAUAGCCUAUUUUCAUUCUUCAAAUCUUGUUAUUUACCUUUUUCAUUGACAGUGCAGAUUGGUUGGCCAAUGACCUUUUUGUAUGUCAAAUGUAGUUUAUUUUGUUGCUUUGUUAAAGAGAUCCAUAAAAUGACUGCACUAAUCCAGUCCAUUAUAAUUUACUCAUUGGUAUUACACUAAAAAAAAUUUGAAACCACUAAUUAGAGUAAUAUUUGUACAUUUCUGACACAGUUGAUAGUUUAAACAUUUUUGUUCCACAGCUAAGUAUAAUAUUAUUGCAUGUCUAGAAGAUAGCAUUACCCAGCUACUGGAACACAGAGAAGAAAAUCCUAAAGUUGUGCCGUCUAAGUUUCUUUGUGAAUAGUAAGUCUAUAAAUCUAAAUUAAUGUAAUUAACAAUUAUUGUGGGUGUAUUGAUUAUUAUAUAUGUUGAUUUUUUACUCACUUGAGUCAAAAGCAAGUUUGAUCCUGUCUUUGGUUUCAUGUUGAUUUUCAUUCACAAAAUAUUUCUUCUAAAUUACAGUUUUUGUAGCCUCCGUGAUGGAAAUCACACAAUGUUUAGAGAGUUUAGUUACAUCAGAAGCACACCACACAACAGAGCGUCCUUUGUUGCUCUCUUCUGGAAAUGUUUCAGGCAAAUUGGAAAGAAGGGAGGUAACCUAACACUAACAUUACACAUUUUUAAGGUUUUUUUACAUUAUGUAAUGAAUUACAUUUUUUUAAAAGUUUGAUAAAUUUCAAUACUAAUUUCAAUACUAAUAAUAAUUAAUGCAUUUUAGAUCUACUCAGCAUACAAGAAUAUCACUCACUAAUUGGAUUAAUUUGUCCAGAUUUCCCUUUCAAAUUAGUGCAAAAAACAGCCAGGUAAGAGUAUACUAGUAAACAACAAUAUAAGUGUUUCACUGCGUGACAUUGCUAUAUAAAACACUGCUAUAUAAAACAUCUCUAUUUUAAAGUUUCCAUUUCUUUUUAUCUCUGGGAACAGACUUUGUUUGAAAAAUUAAUUGGUAAGUAGGAAUUCUACUACAAAACCCCAAUAUGUGGCCAUCCAUAUAUUAUGUUUGCAAAAAAGACAAAAUUUAGACCCCACUCUCCCUGCUGUAUGCAAAACAUUUUAGGGCACACUUCCGUGUAUUCCUGCAAUGAGCUCUCAGCCUCCCAACCCCCCACAAAAAUCAUUUUAUUUAUAAAGCUUUAUGACAUACCAUAUAAAAAAAAUUAAACGUCAAUUCACCAUCAACCAGCGUUUCCUAACUUGUGGUGUACUUCCCACAGGAAAGCAUUUGAAGAUUAUAGGAUGACAUAUAGUCUCUGGGACAAUAGCAUAAAAUGGGGGUUGGAGGUGCAGUCCAAGUCAGAUGACACAUUUUUAUUUAAAGCAGGGGUUGCAUUGACAGCCAACUCCCAAGUGCUCCGGGGUGCAAUAACCCUAGCUACACCACUGCUCUGGGAUAUAGGCAUUGUAUUUAAUUUGCAAUGUUAAAACAGGACAUUUAAACACCUCUAUUGUUAUCAUGUAUUUCAAUUCAAAUAUAUUUCAAUUAUUGUAAGUUUUGUAUUAUGGGCUAAAAAGACAGCCAAUUGAAAUUCAAUCUUCUUUACUGCACACAUACACAAAGUCUUCGAAAUCAACAUUCCACUUCCCCCUCAGUGUGUACAUUAUAAAUUGUUGACCCUUAAAUGUCUUAUGAAUGAUGCAUGAAGAUCGCCUGAACACGAUACAAUUUAUGGCCUAUUUAGAUAUUAAAUACAUUAAUUAGCAAAAGAUAAUUUUAGCUUUUUUAUUAUUUGACCUAAAAAGAGACAGAAGAAAUAUUUAAAGUCAUUUAUAAGAUUUUAAGCAUUUCAUAAUUAUUAUUAUUUAAAAAAAAAAAAACUUUUAUUUUCAGAAUUGUUCUGAUCGAUGAUGCCUUAGACUGCUUGAUUUCUUUUUACGAUUUUAUUUAUGCAUUUCAAGUUCAGUUUUACUAUGAAGGUAGUAAACACUUUUUGUUCCCUUUCUUUAGCAUAACAUUUAAUUCUGUUCUGUUUCUUUUUUAUAUUACUCUAGAACAUUUGGAAAGCUUUUACCAACUUAAAUAUAUAAUAUAUAUUUUAAAAAAAAUAUAUAGACAGUUAAAUAUACAAACAUAUAUAAUAUUUAUUUAUAUAUUUAUAUAAAUACUAGUAUAAUAAAUAAUAAUAAUAAAGUUCAUUUCAAAAACACGCUUCAUCCCCAAAGGCUCGAAGCGCGGUACAAAGUCAACAAUAAACAUAUCUAUAAUUUACCACAUUUAAAACAAACGCAACACUACAAAAACUAAUUACAAGCAUAAAAUCUCAAAGUAUAAAUGACCCAAUGUUAACGGGAUAAUAAUGAUAGGUACUUUGCUAUAAUUUCUAACUGCUAUUGCAAAAACUCACACAAUUCAUAACUUUAAAAAUGUAAUGAUAUUUACGUUUCUAACAUCAUUAAGUUUUGAGAAGUAUUUAUCUGUUAUAUAUUAUACGCCUACCCUACUCCCUUUGACGCUCCUAAACUACUUUUUUUCCCCUCUAAACAUGACCUUAAAUUACCCAGUCUAAAGUAUCACUAAUUAUAUCAAUUUUGUCACUAAAGAAGUUAAUUGAGGCACAAUUACUACGCUAGAGAAAUACUUUAGAUUUACCCCUUUUCGUGCCCUUGAAUUACAACUUUUUUUUUCCUCUAAAAAUUGUUAAAAAACCUAAAAUUAAAUUUACAACAAAAGCUCUAAAUAUGAUAUAAAUAUAAUUUAUAUUACAGGAAUUGGAUAUAUAUUGAUAUCUUCAUCAAAAAUUUAAACACAUUAUUAUUAUUGCCUUUUUGUUUAAAUUAUACAUUAUCAAAACUUUUUAAAUGUAAAAAUAUACAAAGCAAAAAUGUGUGUGUGUUUUAUUAACAAUUUAAAAAGCAAUCAAUUGUAUUUAUUUAGAUUAUUUAGAACAAAUUAUUUUCAAUUUUAUUUCCAAAAUUAACAACGCACUAAAAGACACACUAAAAAGACUAAUGUUUGGGUUUUCCCGAUAAAUGUGAUUACGGUGUAAUUCUUUGAUCAUGAUUUUUAAAUUUUUUUUAGUUUUUCAUAACUUUCAAACACAUAUAAAAUGCUUAAAAUAGUUCCUUAGUUGAUACUUUAAAUGUAUUUGUAAUUUAUAAUAAUAAUACUUAAACUUUAACUAAAAUAAAAGCGGAUUAAAAUAUUUUUUGCGCAUUUAAAUUUAUUAGAUUUCCGUAAAAUAAUAGAAAAUAACUAUGAUUGUUUUUAGGAAUCCAAACGUACUUAAAUCUUAUUGGAUCUUUGGAGUUAUUUCCGUAUAGCUCAUUCUUAUAGAUAUUUUAUUUAUUCACAAUGUAAGCCAAGUUUAAAAAAAAUAUAAUUUCAAUUUGAGUGAAGCCAGUGUUGCUUAAGGAAACAAAUAAUUUCUUUUGAGCAGGAAUGUUAAAAUUGUGCUCAAUACUAAAAUAUUGCAUUCUUGUCAACUAGUUAAAAAAUGUUGUAUUCUUUUGUACACUGUUGAACACUUUUGUUCCCUAUUUUACUUAGUACUACACUAUGUUACUAAUGGAUACAGUUUACACUAAUAUACAUUGAUGAACCCUAUUUUAAACCAUUUUACACUAUUUAAAAUUGUGUAUUAUAUUGUAAAAUAUUCUUCAAACUAGAGUUUUUAGAAAAGACAUUUGACAUCUACCAAAGUCAACUGCAGUCAAUGCAAAGUCCGAGAGAUCCAGUUAUUGUGCCAACUUCAGGGGAGAAUGUUAAAAUUCAUCAGAACCCACACUUGCCCUCUGAUGGCGUUGAUUCUAUGCAUUUCUUCAGGGCAAUAUAUCCACUAUUGAAUAGAGUGGAUUAUAGGUGAGUACUAUAAAGAAAUAAACACUGUCAUGUCCCUUCUAGACAAUAAAUCAGAGAUUUAGACAAUGUCAUUUUCACUCUAAAUAAUAAAUAAGAGAAGAGAAUUUGACAAUGUCAUUAUAAUUCUAAACAAUAAAUCAGAGAAUUUGACAAUGUCAUUUUAAUUCUAAACAAUACAUCAGAGAAUUUACGUAUCUGGAAGUUUGUUCGAAAUGAAAUUUUUUAAAAAGAGAUUUAUUUAUUAUUGUUUAAAAAAAUUUUAAGGGAAGUGGUGAGAGAGAAUUGAGAAUUAACCUAACAUUUUUAAUAAAAUUUAUUUAUUGCAUUUUUUCCCCAUUAAUUCAUUUUGAGCAAACAAAUUUCCUUUCAAACAGCCGCCCAUUGACUUGAGAGUUUUGAUGUCAAUGAUGGGAGUUGAUGUCAAUGAGGAGAGUUGAUGUCAAUGAUGAGAGUUGAUGUCAAUGAUGGGAGUUGAUGUCAAUGAUGAGAGUUGAUGUCAAUGAUGAGAGUUGAUGUCAAUGAUGAGAGUUGAUGUCAAUGAUGAGAGUUGAUGUCAAUGAUGAGAGUUGAUGUCAAUGAUGAGAGUUGAUGUCAAUGAUGGGAGUUGAUGUCAAUGAUGAGAGUUGAUGUCAAUGAUGAGAGUUGAUGUCAAUGAUGGGAGUUGAUGUCAAUGAUGAGAGUUGAUGUCAAUGAUGAGAGUUGAUGUCAAUGAUGGGAGUUGAUGUCAAUGAUGAGAGUUGAUGUCAAUGAUGGGAGUUGAUGUCAAUGAUGAGAGUUGAUGUCAAUGAUGAGAGUUGAUGUCAAUGAUGAGAGUUGAUGUCAAUGAUGAGAGUUGAUGUCAAUGAUGAGAGUUGAUGUCAAUGAUGAGAGUUGAUGUCGAUGAUGAGAGUUGAUGUCAAUGAUGAGAGUUGAUGUCAAUGAUGAGAGUUGAUGUCAAUGAUGGGAGUUGAUGUCAAUGAUGGGAGUUGAUGGCAAUGAUGGGAGUUGAUGUCAAUGAUGAGAGUUGAUGUCAAUGAUGGGAGUUGAUGUCAAUGAUGAGAGUUGAUGUCAAUGAUGAGAGUUGAUGUCAAUAUGGGAGUUGAUGUCAAUGAUGAGAGUUGAUGUCAAUGAUGGGAGUUGAUGUCAAUGAUGAGAGUUAUGUCAAUGAUGAGAGUUGAUGUCAAUGAUGGGAGUUGAUGUCAAUGAUGAGAGUUGAUGUCAAUGAUGAGAGUUGAUGUCAAUGAUGAGAGUUGAUGUCAAUGAUGAGAGUUGAUGUCAAUGAUGAGAGUUGAUGUCAAUGAUGAGAGUUGAUGUCAAUGAUGAGAGUUGAUGUCAAUGAUGAGAGUUGAUGUCAAUGAUGAGAGUUGAUGUCAAUGAUGAGAGUUGAUGUCAAUGAUGAGAGUUGAUGUCAAUGAUGAGAGUUGAUGUCAAUGAUGAGAGUUGAUGUCAAUGAUGAGAGUUGAUGUCAAUGAUGAGAGUUGAUGUCAAUGAUGAGAGUUGAUGUCAAUGAUGAGAGUUGAUGUCAAUGAUGAGAGUUGAUGUCAAUGAUGAGAGUUGAUGUCAAUGAUGGGAGUUGAUGUCAAUGAUGGGAGUUGAUGUCAAUGAUGAGAGUUGAUGUCAAUGAUGGGAGUUCAUGUCAAUGAUGGGAGUUGAUGUCAAUGAUGAGAGUUGAUGUCAAUGAUGGGAGUUGAUGUCAAUGAUGGGAGUUGAUGUCAAUGAUGGGAGUUGAUGUCAAUGAUGGGAGUUGAUGGCAAUGAUGGGAGUUGAUGUCAAUGAUGAGAGUUGAUGUCAAUGAUGAGAGUUGAUGUCAAUUAUGGGAGUUGAUGUCAAUGAUGAGAGUUGAUGUCAAUGAUGAGAGUUGAUGUCAAUGAUGAGAGUUGAUGUCAAUGAUGAGAGUUGAUGUCAAUGAUGAGAGUUGAUGUCAAUGAUGAGAGUUGAUGUCAAUGAUGAGAGUUGAUGUCAAUGAUGAGAGUUGAUGUCAAUGAUGAGAGUUGAUGUCAAUGAUGAGAGUUGAUGUCAAUGAUGGGAGUUGAUGUCAAUGAUGGGAGUUGAUGUCAAUGAUGAGAGUUGAUGUCAAUGAUGAGAGUUCAUGUCAAUGAUGGGAGUUGAUGUCAAUGAUGAGAGUUGAUGUCAAUGAUGGGAGUUGAUGUCAAUGAUGGGAUCAGAUGUCAAUGAUGAGAGUUGAUGUCAAUGAUGGGAGUUGAUGGCAAUGAUGGGAGUUGAUGUCAAUGAUGAGAGUUGAUGUCAAUGAUGAGAGUUGAUGUCAAUGAUGGGAGUUCAUGUCAAUGAUGGGGGUUGAUGUCAAUGAUGAGAGUUGAUGUCAAUGAUGGGAGUUGAUGUCAAUGAUGAGAGUUGAUGUCAAUGAUGAGAGUUGAUGUCAAUGAUGGGAGUUGAUGGCAAUGAUGGGAGUUGAUGUCAAUGAUGGGAGUUGAUGUCAAUGAUGAGAGUUGAUGUCAAUGAUGGGAGUUGAUGUCAAUGAUGAGAGUUGAUGUCAAUGAUGGGAGUUGAUGUCAAUGAUGAGAGUUGAUGUCAAUGAUGAGAGUUGAUGUCAAUGAUGAGAGUUGAUGUCAAUGAUGAGAGUUGAUAAUCUUCUUAAAGAGAAAAGCUUUUGUUUUUGUUAGUUGUGUUGAGAACCGUAAAAUCAUUCUUCACACCAAGAAGUAAGAAGGAAACCAAAGUUAUGAUCUAUAUGCUGUUAACUUGUGCCGCUGCCAUUAAUGUCGUUGUUGAGAUUUCCUCUUAUGAUUUGGUCCAUUUCAACCAAUGCUGUCAGCUCAGCAUCUCUGCUUUACUCACCAGCCAAUUCUUUCUUUUUUCUCUGGUGUCUUUCAAAUUCAACCAUGCAAGCUUCACAGAGAGUGGGUCCUUCUUUGAGGCAUUUACUGACACUUCUCUGUUAUAAAAAUGAUCUGGUAGAUUUCCAAACCUUUUCUAUAUGCAGCACCCUCAACAAAUUGUUGGUAUAACUCUCACAAACCCUUUAUUUUUAAAAAAAUUUUAUUAUAAAAAGAAUUAUAGAACUUCUAUAUUUGAAUCAAACUGUAAAAUGUUCAAAAAGAAAUUUAAAAAUAUCCAUACAUUUCUAUCUUAACUUGAAAUGGCUCCUCUGUUCUUAUAAUCACUAGACGCACCUUCCGAAAAGCCGCGUUGCUUCAGAGCUUUUAAAUCCAGGACAGCUGCUAGAGUUUUGUAGUCUAUUUAUAGCACUUCCAAUAGGAACGAGUAGUUUGUUUGAAACCCUAGAAAUGUUAGAAAAUCAUAAGUACUCAUAAAGUUGUACAUCUCCAUUGCAUCAUUUCUUGUUACAUCUCUGAUUAUCAUCACUGAUCAUGUCCUAAACAACUUCAACUAUUUCUUAACCCUUUCGGUCACAACAUAUUGUAUACCCUGUCCAUCGUGACUGGGUGUGGCACACCUGUACACUUAUUAUAAUGGGGGAAAAGUGUUUCUGGCAAUUCCUGGCAACUGGGUGAGUUACACCCAUAGUCUUUUAUCACAGUAAAUGGCUCUCUUUAUGUUAUUUUCUUUUUUACAACGUGGCAUGAUUUAGUUGCCUUGUAACCAAACUCCCUUCACAGAUCACGUAGUUUCUCCCACUGAAGCAUUUUUUCUGUACAUUAAUGAAAAUAGAUACAAACAAUAGCUGAAUGCACCAACAGGAAAGGCGAGAAAGUAAAAGAAAACAAAUGGCAAGGGACUGAUGCGUUCUAAAUGAAAGUGUUUAUUGGCUGCUUACUACACACUGGCGCUCUUCACUUUGACAGCAUUUCAGUGGAAUUUUUAUUCAGCAGUGUUGAUGGAAUUACUCUUUUUAGAGCAGCAUUUUCAAUGAAGAGAUUCAGCAAACUUCUGAUUCAUAUUGGCUUUGACAAAAAGGAUACUAGACCAAUAAUUUCUGGCUUGUGACAUCUUUAAACCAAUAAGAGAUUUAUGAGAAUCAUUCCGCAGUAAUUUGGCAAAGUAAUUUUUUUCUGGAGAGUAGGUGAGCAACUAGUUGGUUUCAGAGGUCAUUGUAGAUUUAUUCAAUGUAUGCCAAGCAAGCCAGACAAAUAGGUGUGUCACGCCAAAAUAAGCCAUACCAACAUUUACGCAUUUUUAAAGCUUUUAAAUACCACUGGUAAUGGAAAUGAAGUAUUAAGUUAAUGACAAAGUGGUACUGAUGGUAAAUGAUAUUAAAAUCAGAACUCUUCAAUCAAUAUUCAAGAUAGGUCAAAAUUUGAAAAGCUGAUACUGUGACACGCAGAAAUUUGUUGGCUCUGACGAUGUCGGGUCUCUUACAUGGAUUUAAGGAAAUGAUGGUGACAUUUUGGUAGGAAAAUAAGUGAUCUAAUUCAAAACAAACUUAGUGCACACCAUUGCACUAUCUUCAUAUUGCUGAUUUUGCUGAUACAUUUGAAUAUUUGAAUAAAAGUAACACCAGCAUUAUUACACUUUAUAUUUGUGCCGGUAGUUCUUAAAAUGGGUUAAUUUAACACCCAGUGUACUUGGAAAAUUGAAUCACUGUGCCAUGAAAUGAGGUGUGUCUAUGAAAUGUGUCACCAACAUGAAAGGUUUGAAAAGCACUGGUUUAGAGGGUGUUGUUGUAGUGAUAUAGAGGGUGUUGGUGUUAUAGUAUAGAGGGUGUUGGUGUAUUGUUACAGAGGGUGUGGGUGUAGUGUUACAGAGGGUAUUGGGGUUGUCUUGUAAUUUUUGGUAAAUUAUGGAGUGCUGGGCAUUCAAAGAGGUGAGUUGUUUCCUUCUUGUUUGGAUGUCUGUUGAGGGGACUCAUUGGUUUUUUAUGAAAAUUUCUUAAAUUACCUGGCAACCCUAGCAAGAAUCAUUGGCAACCCCCUUGAUGGCAGGCACAAACAUUUAGGAGGAAUGUUUGAAAAUGUUAACUGUUAUACUGAUAUGAAUCAUAUCACAGUCAUGGUGUCAGUCAAAUAUGCCAAAAGGCAGAUCAACCACAAUGCCAAGGGCAAGCCAUUCACUAUGCAAUAAGAAGACCAAUCACAAUACCCAAGGGCUUACCAACCACAAUGGCAAGGGCAGGCCAACAACAAUUCCAAGGGCAGGCCAACCAGUAGCAUUUAUAGAUCUGCUGGGGAUAUACCGGGUAGUCUUAAAAUUUGUUUUCAUUAUCAACCUAAUUAUAUGCUUAUAACUGUAAACUACAUAAACUGAUGAUUUAGAUUAUUGAUUUGUGCAGCAUCUUUGUUGAAUUUUUCAGUAUGCCACCAGAAUCCAGCUUGCGUGAAAUUUUAUUUAAUGUCCCUCGAAUUUCAUUUUAUGGGUUUCUGAUGUCCAUUGCCAAAUCUGAUUCCAUCAAUGCUCACAUAGGUCAGUCAAUGAGAUAAAGAAAAAAGGCUUAAGCUUAAGCCUAUGAACUUUUAAGUUCUUAAAUGAUUAUCAUUUAUUAUUUCAAUUAAACGUUGAGCUAGUUUUUGACUAGACAAUUAUAUGCAAACUUUAAAAGCACAUUUCUAUUUUUUGUAAAAUAUAUUUGAAAUUUUGAUAUGAAAAGUGUGAUAUAUAUAUAUUUAAUUGUUGUUAAUAGGGUACCUACCAGAAAAAUCAAUGCUGUUGGAAGGUGUUGAUGUUGAACUAAGUUCGUAA